AUGCGUCUCAUCACGUGGGUCAUGUUAGGUAUACUCGGCAUCUAUGGAUCCUGGGCAGUUCUGAGUGGCUUUCUCAAUUGCAUCCCUGUGGCAAAGUUCUGGGACAAGACCCUGGAAGGGUACUGCUUGGACGACAAAGGACUGUGGUUCUCAAAUGCCUCAAUGCAUAUCACCACCGAUCUCGUAAUUCUGAUCAUUCCUAUCCCGGCUCUAGCGAAACUAGAUCUUCCUAAGAGACAGAAGAUCGCGUUGAUCACAGUUUUUGCAUUGGGCGGAUUUGUAUGCAUCACCAGCAUCUGUCGUCUGGUCGCCCUCAAAAAGAUCUCCGAUUCCACAGAUCCAACCUUUGACAACGUCGGCGCCGCCUCCUGGUCCGCCAUCGAAUGCAACGUAGGGAUCAUCUGCGCCUGCCUCCCCACACUUCGACCUCUCGUAUCCCGCAUCGUGCCCCAUCUCUUAUCGACCCUAAGCAGCCGUAACCGAAGCUACAACCGGAGCUACGGCAACAGACGAUUCUCGCACGGACGACCCCCGACAUACUGGGGCGGUGGUGCAGGAACAGGAACAGUCUCAACCACCAUCACGGCGAUGGAUGAUCUCGAAUUCGGAAGUCACUGUGCUGAUUCGGAUAGGGUUCUGACCCUUGUCCCCGAGGCGGACAUUCACGGCAAGGAGAAGCUCGUGCUGAAGGAAACGAAGAGUAUGGAAGAUGCUUCGGAAAGGGUGCGGACCGCUGUUGGGUCAUCCAUUUCACGAUGA